UUUAAAGUUGAUCCCAAAGAACAGAGAAAUAAGGUAAGGUGUGACGACAUAGUUGGACAGACUGGGUUCAGCACGCACGUAACCGAUGAUGGUAAAGAAAUUCUACUUGGCACUCCCGGUUGGGAAUCGGUCGGAACUGUCAUACGAUAUCGGCAUCGGGAGAUGAACAAUCGCGAUGGAAAUGGGAUCGAAAGUGAUGAUUCAAUGUCUGAACCUACUUUCCGGCACGGAAUUGUUGUCCCCAACUGUAGUCGAUUGAAUCUUUUAAAGAAUAAUUCUUACUUUGGAUACGCCGUUAGCUCUGGCCAGUUUGUGGAAAACGAGUCAGUCCUGUACGUUGCUAGUGCGCCAAGGGCUGAACAUGGCCUAGGGCUAGUGCUCAUCUUCGAUUACGUUCAACAACCUUUAGAGAAUGAAAUUGGCAUAAGUGUGCUCCAGACAAUCACUGGCCACCAGCUUGGCGAGUACUUUGGAUAUGCAUUGCUCACCGAAGACUUCAAUAAUGAUGGAUUACCGGAUCUCGCUAUAGCAGCUCCAAUGCAUAGCCGAACGAAGGAUUUCGAUAAUGGAGUAGUAUAUGUUUAUCAGAAUAAGGGAGGAUUGAGUUUCGAGCUACAAGCAACCCUAUCAUCAUCCUACGCCUUCGGAGGCCGCUUCGGAACGAGCUUGGGAAAAAUAGGAGACAUCAAUCGAGAUGGUUACGGUGAUAUGGCUGUAGGUGCUCCGCAUGAAGACAAUGGCGUGGUGUACAUCUUCCUUGGAUCUGUAGAAGGAAUACGAAAAAUUCCGAGCCAAGUUAUAAAGGCUCCUUCUGAUAUAAAAGCUAUCCACCAACCAAUGUUUGGUUAUUCGAUCUCACGUGGAGUGGACAUUGACGGAAAUGGUUACAACGACUUGGCCAUCGGCGCUCCGAACGCAGAAGUGGUCUACGUUUAUAGAUCAUAUCCUAUCGUGAAAGUGAAUGCUACUAUCAGUUCAACUACAAACCGGAUACCAAUCGAGGGAAGCUCGAUAGAGGUUGAAAUUUGCUUCUCGCGGGAGUUUGUCCGAAAAGAUGGACCAUCUUUUGACAUUGAACUGGAAUAUCGACUUGGGCUGGACUUGGCCUACCGACGAGCGUCAUUUCAGAACAACGCCAGUAACCCUUUAUCCAGCACCGUCAGUAUAGGAGAGCAUAAGUCAUGUCAGAAGUUUGGCAUAACGGUCAAUGAUUCAUAUGCUACGGCACGCAUGGAAGAGAGUAAAAAACCGAUGCCCAUUCGCAUUGAACUAGAGUUCAAUCUUACGAACAAAUAUUCUCCUACUGAAGCUAGUCACUUCUGCGAACAAUGUGCCAGUAUUGACCCGAACGUGCGCAAUGCUGUCAGCAAAGAUAUCGAUAUUGAGGAUUACUGCAAUGACCCUACCUGUUAUUCCAAUCUACAGAUUUCAAGCAUAAUGUGGGUAGAUAUUCCUGAACCCUUUCUUAUCGGCUCUAGCGAGACAGCAACGUUACAUGUGCAGGUGAAAAACAUUGGUGAAAUCGCUCAUUUACCCAAAUUGGAGCUUACAGUGAGGGCCAAUCUUUCUCCUGUAAAGCUUCCUCCCGGUUGUGAAACAACAAAACUAAGUGACAACAAGAGCAAUGUUUUAUGCUUUUUGAACAAUCGUCUUCCUUUAAACAAAGGGUCAAACAUUUCAGUUCCUUUAACAUUCGCUAUGUCUGAACUUGAAGCCGACAAAUAUUUAACAGUCAAUGCAAAUGCUUCAAGUAUCAAUGAAGACUCCGAGCCAUCUAAUAAUAAAAACACAUCGGUUUUGAGGCUCAAACAUCACAGUGACGUGGGAGUAGUCAGCACAACGUCCAAGGAGCAGAUCAACUUGAACCAUCACAAAGGAAAAGUUAAUAUGACCCAAAGAGUGUCACUAAAUAAUUUCGGACCAAGUUAUCUCAAGGAUGCUGCCUUACGUAUAAACGUUCCCUUGAAUUAUGUGUUAACCCUGAAAAAUGGAACUCAGAAGAAAUGCAACAUUAUCAACAAAACGGAUAUCAUCAUUAAGGGAAAAUAUAGCAAUCAGACGAUUCCAUUGAAGUCUACUGAAAAUGGAUUGAUAGAAGUCGAUAGCUCCAAUGGCAGACAUAAGGCCAGUGCCAGAAAUGAAGCUCCUCCAAUCAACGAAAUGAAUGAGACGAAAAAUUUAAAUUUUAACGACAGUACGUCGAAUGACCGAAGCUUAACGAGGAACCGCACUACCUUCUUCAACUGCGCGGAAAAUAGAUAUCGAGUCGAAUGUGAGAGUUUUACUUACGAAAUUCCUGUGUUGCGAGCCUCCAGAAUGCCAGCAGUCAUAGAAAUUCAAUUCAAAAUCAAUCUGGACGAGAUCAAAGCAUGUUUUGGACAGGAAAAUGAAGCCUUCGCUGUUGAGAUCAUCUCCGAUCUGUCUAAAACAUCAAACAAUGACCCUUUAAAUACUUUGAAUACUACUUCCAGCGGUUCUAAAACCAUUGUUACCGAUCCUGACCCACCGUUAUGGAUUGCAGUUUCUUCAAGUACAGUUGGAUUGUUAUUGUUCGCUGUCAUUUCCUAUAUAUUGUACCAAACGGGAUUCUUCAAUCGUCCCAUCAUGAAAGAGCUUCAAAAAUUGCGAGAGGUACGCAUAACUCACCAUGAAGAUCUGCAGGAUGAGAGUCGUAGCAUGAAAGAUUGUUUUUGUGAUGAUGAAGAACCUUAGAGCUCGGAAUAAGGAAUAAGUAUAUGUAAGAAUCGUGUGCAAGCAAGUAAAUAUGCGUCGAAGAUCUCAAUAUUGUUAGCCAGGUAUCGAAAGAA